UCACCAAUGCCUCUCUCGUCGCCGGCCCGGGCCUGCGGGGCCCGGCGGCCUGGGCGUUGCCAUGUUGCGCCUGGAUGUGCCCGGCUGUGGCGUGGUGGAAUUCACAGCAGAGGCAGUGGGUUCCGGCUCCACGGGCUGCGUCUACCUGGGCGUCGUGCAGCCCGGCGGCCGCCCGGUGGCGUUGAAGGCGACGACGGCCGCGGCGCGGGGCUGGCACCGCGAGCUGCGGGCGGUGCGGCCGCUGCUGCGGAAGCCGCAUAGGAACGUGCUGGUCGCAUCCCCAGGGGGAUGGGUUGAGGAUGGGUUGGGGUUGGUUGUGGCAGGAUUUUCGGUGAUUUUCGGAGAAAUACUUGUGUGA